AUGGGGGCGUCUGUUGAUCCCAGGCAGGCCAGGCCAGAAGACCCAAAGCAGGUCCAACGAGCAGAGGACCUAAAGCAGGCCCAAUCACAAGACCGAAAGCAGGCCCAACCAGAGACCCCAAAGCAGGCCCAACCAGGAGACCCAAAGCAAGCCCAACCAGGAGACCCAAAGCAGGCCAAACCGCAAUACCCAAAGCAGGCCCAACCAGCAGAGGACCUAAAGCAGCCCAACCAGCAGAUAAUCCAAAGCAGGCCCAACCGAGGACCUAAAGCAGUCCCAACCAGCAGAGGACCUAAAGCAGUCCCAGAAGACCCAAAGCAGGCCCAACCAGCAGAGGACCCAAAGCAGGAUCAACCAGCAGAGGACUUAAAGCAGUCCCAACCAGCAAAAGACCCAAAGCAGGCCCAACCAGCAGAGGACCAACAUGAAGACCCAAAGCAGGACCAACCAUCAGAGGACUUAAAGCAGUCCCAACCAGCAAGGACCCAAAACAGGCCCAACCAGCAGAAGACGCACAGCAGGACCCAAAAGCAGGCCCAACAUGAAGACCCAAAGCAGGCCCAACCAGCAGAGACCCAACAUGAGACCCAAAGCAGUCCCAACCAGCAGAGGACUCAAGCAGUCCCAACCAGCAUAGGACCUCAGAAGUCCCAACCACCAGAGGACCUAAAGCAGUCCCAACCAGGAGACCCCAAAGCAGGCCCAACCACCAGAGGACCCAAAGCAGGACCAACCAUCCAGAGGACUUAA